AACAACCAGAGCCCUGCGCCCAGAGGGGCUGCACACACGUGCAUGCGACGACGAGGUUGCCGGGUGCAGUGCCGUGCCUGUGCCGAGCGCGUCGUGGCUUUCUAAAAGUGUCUCCCCCUCAACGCGAACCCGGCGACGAUGCCUCGACGACUCGUCGGUUGAAGGUUGCGUGUCUCUCGGCCGCUCCCGACCGGGGGGGGCCCUUCGGCGAUGGGCGGCCGGCGCGUCACGUUGACAUGGAAUUAUGCACUGCGGCGGAGCCGGCGGUCGUCGGCCUGACGUUGCGUAGACUUCUCUUUGAUAAUCAGUCAGCCUUCCGCCCUCUAGAUGGCGUCGUUGUCCGGUGCGCCGGCCGCCUCCACCACGCCGGCGGGCAUGGACUCCCGGCGCAGCUGGGUGGUGCUGGCCUUCCUCAGCUGGUGCAUGAUGAUGACCACGGUCAGCGUGCGGGCUGCCGGUGUCAUCUACGUGGGCCUCGUCGACCACUUCCGCACCAGCCGCGAGGAGGCGUCGCUGCCGCUGACCAUACACAUGACCGUCCUCUGCUCGGCAUCGCUCGUGGGAGGCUACCUGUGCGAGCUCUGUUCGUUCGAGGCGGUGACUCUGGGCAGCGUUCUCAUCACGUCGGCAUCCAUGAUGAUAUGCUACUUCGCGCCCAGCAUCGACUUCAUCAAUUUCUUUUUCGGCGUCCUGCACGGCGGAGCGACGUCGGGCAUCUUCGUCGUCGCGAACGUGCUGCCAUCGCUGUACUUCAAGAAAUGGCGCGCCACGGCCACCAGCAUCGUCUGGUCAUCGCAGUGCUACAACGUCUACUUCAUACCGCAGCUGGCCAAUUUCUUCCGCGUGGCGUACGGCACGCCCGAACUCUUCUUACUCAUAGGCGCCCUCUGCCUGAACGCCCUACCGGCGUGCAUCGUCAUCAAGACCCCGCCAUGGGCCCUGAAGGCCAAAGAAGGCUCUCCAGUUCGCCGCGGCGUUACUUCCGGGGCCAGCAGCGUCGGCAGCAACGUGGCCCUGAAAAAAGCCGAGACUUACGGCGAUGGCGUCUCGAAGCGUAAGAUCCACGAUGCCUCCGGGGCUCCGGAAACGGAGGAGAUGUUGGACCGCAAGACACUCGACGACUCCUCGGCAGUGAGGAUCGUCUGCACGCGCAACGACAGAGCCGACGACAAGGUCAUCGGGUCGAGCGGGGACGGAUUCGCCAUACGCGACAUGCCGCAGGGACUCAAGGGAGUUCGCGACAAGACCAAGUUUUGUGGAAGAACACGGCGGGAGCUCUCUUGAGCUGGAAGUUCUACGUGGACGGCCUGUCCUACUCCCUGGAGGUGUACACGAUGUCGACGUACUUCAUGGUGUACGCCGACAUGGCCGUCGACAAAGGACUUAGCGUCGAGAGCGCCGUGUACCUCUUACACGCCUACUCGACCGCCGACUUGGCGUUUCGCGUGCUGAGCGGGUGGUUCGUGGACCGCAAGUACCUGCCCAUCGAGUGUUCGAAACUGGCGGGUUUCGUGAUGAGUGUAGCGGGCGCGCAGGCGAUAAGGACUUCGCAAACGCUCGUGCCGCUAAUAUUUUCGUCCCUGCUGUUCGGUUGCGGCACCGGCAUCAACAUAGGCAUCAUCGCACCCUUGCUGCAGCACGACUUCAAGAAGGAGUCGCUCGCCAUGAUGUUCGGGGGAGUCAUGUUCAUCACGGGACUCAUUAUCCUGACGAGGCCGCCCGUUGUAGGUUAUUUCCGGGACACCAUUGGAGACUACGACGGCCUCUUCCACACCCUCACCGUCGCCAACGCCAUCUUUGCCGUCAUCUGGUUAGUGCGCGCGUUCGUCGCCAGGAGGCAGUCGAGGGCGGCGGCGGCCGAGAAAGCUGCUCCGCCCUCGCAACGAGGGGUGCUCUCGGACGCCGCUGUUCCACUCACGACCACAAGUGAAGCGACCUGCUGAUGGUCACGUGCUCGUAUCUUGUGAGACCGACAAUGCGCACUUCGUCGGCCAUCGGUGAUCAGUGGGGUUAUCGGUAUCGUUCCGAAAUUAGUGCGAAGUGAACUUCAACACACACUUUUGAUUAUUACGACCUCUAAAGCCAUCGCGCUUUUUUUUUUUUUUUACUACCAGUUCUCAGUGACGCCAUCGGGGUUGUGCCGAGACGCUUGUGAACAACAAUUACGGUGUUGACAAGUGCGCGUGCUGAUACUGUGGACGUCUGAUUGGCGAGACUGCUGGUAAAGUUACAACAAAAACCGGCAAUGUCUGCGCGUCAAUGCUUGGACCACAAAUAAUCUUCGGAGCGACGCAUUGCCGGGAUGACAUCCUUUUUUUCCCCUUUUUUUGUUGUCUUUUAAACAUUCAGACCAGUGAUGUGCGCACGGAACUGCAGCCGGUACCAGGCCUGGAAAACUUAUUGUGUUUGUGUCUACUACGUGAAAGUGUUGUGUCGCUACUCAUUACUGAAAUCACGUUAUACUGCGACGAAGAUUACAAAAACGCGAACAUCUAAAAGGCACUAUAAGAGACUGCAAUAAAUUAUUGCGUCUGUACGACAGAACCACUUGUGGACUUUGAUGCAAACGGUGUUUGCGUAGCAGCGAGUUCUGUCUGCGAAACAACAUACAAGCCACGAAGCAGGGAAAUCUUUGAUACCUGACAGUCUUUUUGAUACUUGACAGCCAUCCGUGUGAACCGAAGCUUUCGGUAAUCGGCUAAUCGCAUGGAAUAAAUUGGCUCAUUUCAUUCCUGCGUCUCUAGCGCAAAGGAAACUGAUCAUCUCAAAGAGCUAGGUCAAGCUGGCAUGACAGAAGUGCACGUGUGAUUGUGGCCAAAUGGUUAGGGCAUCGGGAUGCUGUGCUGGGAGACAGGGGUUUGGUUCCACCAUCGGGCAAAGUAAUACAAUCUUUAAUGCGAAAGCCUUAUACGCCCCAUUUCGCGAAAAUCCGGAAUCGUUGGCGUCGCCACCGAGCGAUGGUACCAAAAAUGGCCGACGAUGCAAAGAGUAAAAACGGUUCGGAUUGACGUCAAAUUUCUCGGGGAGUUUCCUGUAAACAAAGUAAAUCAGUGGCCUUGAAUAGAAAAUUUGCUAAAUUUUGGUCCCGGUCGGAAUCGAACCCGGGCCGCCCUCCGGGAUGCGAGACGAGCAGGCCGAAUGCCCCUCGUCGAGAUGCGCUCAUCCGCACCGCGUCGUCUGCU